UAAUACUGUCCAUGAGUCCACGAGCGGAAGCGCGAUCAAAGAUGGAGAUCUCGGUCCCCCCGACCCUCUAAAAGCGGUACGAUAGAAACUUGCGCUGUUGAACAACGACACGCGGACCCGAAGGGCAUCAAGGUACGCGCACGUUGCUCGGCCAGCACGCGGCCAACUGGUGCACCAGGAUGGAGCUCCGCGUCGGCAGCAGGUACCGACUCGGACGUAAAAUCGGGAGCGGCUCCUUCGGCGACAUUUAUCUAGGCACAAACAUCUCGACAGGCGAAGAAGUCGCCAUCAAGUUGGAAUGCAUAAAAACACGACAUCCACAGUUACACAUAGAAUCAAGAUUCUACAAGAUGAUGCAGGGCGGUGUUGGAAUUCCUGCUAUAAAAUGGUGCGGUUCGGAAGGUGAUUAUAAUGUUAUGGUGAUGGAACUGUUGGGACCAUCGCUUGAAGAUCUAUUCAACUUUUGCUCUAGGCGGUUUACAUUAAAAACUGUCUUGUUACUUGCUGAUCAAAUGAUAAGCAGAAUUGACUUCAUUCAUAGCCGUCACUUUAUUCACCGCGAUAUUAAACCUGAUAACUUUCUAAUGGGAUUAGGAAAAAAGGGUAAUCUCGUAUAUAUUAUAGACUUUGGACUUGCGAAAAAAUAUCGCGAUAGUCGUACUCACAGGCAUAUACCCUACCGAGAAAACAAGAAUCUUACUGGGACAGCUCGGUAUGCAAGUAUAAAUACACAUAUGGGAAUUGAACAAUCACGGAGAGAUGAUCUCGAAUCACUAGGUUACGUGUUUAUGUAUUUUAACACUGGUAGUUUACCUUGGCAAGGAUUAAAAUCAGCUACCAAGAGACAAAAGUACGAGCGGAUAUCGGAAAAAAAAAUGUCUACGUCCAUUGACGAACUUUGUAAAGGAUUUCCUGUCGAGUUUGCUAAGUACCUGAGGUACUGCCGACAGAUAAGAUUCGAAGAGAGACCAGACUAUUCAUAUCUCCGGCAGCUAUUUCGCUCGCUUUUUCACCACGAAACUUUCACCUAUGAUUAUGUUUUUGAUUGGAAUAUGCUCAAGUUCGGUAAUGUAAGGCAGCAAGCGUUGCCAGCAGCGCAGCAAGCACCUACACAUUCUCAACCUGUUAACGUUCCGCUAUCAUCUGGAACAAAUAACGAACAAGAGCACCCCUCUAGAAUUUACACGCGUCAAUGUCUUGCAAAUGCAUCAGGUACUGGAGGCGGACCAACGGUAAGCACUUCGGGACGUCGUCAGAAGCACGAGACGGAGCAAGAGGAGCAAGAUAAAAGCGAUCUUCAAGCGGGCGGUACUGAUGGUCAUGAAAAGCGGCGAGUCAGCAUAAGAUUACAUCGUAACACAGCAUCAGCUGCUGCUGAGAUGCAGCCAAAACCCAAGUAAACUGCAACAAUUGUAGUAAAAAAAAAAAGGAAAUCGCGUUGAAUUCAUACAGUGGGACUAAAAAAAUCUUUUGACAUUGAAUGCUGCGAAGUGAAAAGCUGCGAAAUAAAACUUCUAUGCCAUGGUAUAGAGAAGACUCUUAUCCGUGAAAAGAUUUUUAAAAAACAAAUUAAUUUAUCAGAAUAUAAAACAACGAGAGAAUUGAUUUUAUAUAUUAAAUAUUUAAAUAUAAUUAUGUACAAGAUAUUUCGGUUAAUUUUUUAUAUUAAUAAUGAAUCAAGCUAUUUAUUAUUAAUAAGAAAAUAAUUAUGAAAUUCACUGAUCAAUCUCUCAGUUGUUUAUACUCCUGACGUAAUUAGCAUAAGGGUUGAUAUAGUGGUUGGUUAAAACAGACUUAUGAUUAAAAAAAAUUUUGUAAAGCAUUAGCUAUUUAAAUUUAUAUAUAAAAAAAAAAAAAAAAAAAAAAAAAACAUUGAUACGAGUCUCAGUCUUUUUAAAAAAUUAGUACUUGUGUUAUUGUCAAGUAUUAAUGAGCAGUAACUCGCCUAAUGUUGCUGUUUGUGUAUGAUUUGUUUUGGAAGCGCCAAUGUGACGGCAAUGGCUCCACUAACCCAAGUGGCCAAGCAGGCAAACGUUCAAUACAACAAGUAAAUCAACGACAAAAAAAAAAU